CCCCAUUUCAUCACUCCCGCUCCAUCCGCUAACCCAUCCCACGAGACGGUCAAACGGACCUUAAUCUCCAGCUUGUCUCCCUCCUCGGAUGUAGAACCCCCUCACGCCGACACACAGACACAGCGCCGACAGACAGACCACACGAGUAGCUGCAGCGACGCCCAUUACUGCUGUCUCUUCUUUCCUCUCGAUACGAGGACGAGUGGGGAAGCUAAAGAUGGAGCCUGGCUGGCCGGGUGAGGAGAGAGAGCGUGCCUGGAUACGGGGCGGGGAGAGAGAAAUGGCGAAGAGAUGAACCUGAGCCCCACGCUCGCUGGGAUAUCCGGAACGGUGGGCGAGGUCUACUUUUCUAGUAU